AGAUAUGAGUGCAAUGUCCCUGGCUGCUUUGCGGAGUUGUUUCAUCGGGACCCCUGCAGCUCAGUCUGGGGACACACACUGCAGAUCACACCGAUUUCCAAAGAGGAUUGUUUUUGCAAGAAAACAAGAAAAAAAAAAAAAAAAACUCCCUUUAAAGAAAUUGUACUGAAACCACCAGGGACAAUAGAGAGCUGGAAGUCUCUGAAGAGGAUUUCCUUCCCCACUUUUGUCCACCCCAGUCCCUUUUAUUGCAUAGAAACCUGCCCAGUUAAUCCUGAGCUGACCAUCACAAGGAACUUCUCCUGCAGAGCCUGCUGGUUCACACCACGUGCAUUGAGGGGGCUUUACACAGGCUGCUGGGCUUGUGCUGGAUGAUCACAAAUGUUAGCUGUGGGGCAGAUGGAUACUAACAGACAGGGUGCUUUUGUGCUGAGCAGCACACCCUUGGCUGCAUUGCAUAACAUGGCUGAGAUGAAAACUACGUUGUUCCCUUAUGCUUUGCAGAAUCCCUCCACUUUCAAAACCCCCAGCCUCUCCUCCCUCAACGCACAGAUCCCCCUGGGGACACCUCAUGGGAUUAGUGACAUCCUAAGCAGGCCUUUGGGUGCUACUCUGGGUGCGACCACUGGCAACCUCCUCACCAGCCUUCCUCGAAUUAAUGGACUUGCCACCUCCACUGGGAUGUACUUUAACCCGGCAGCUGUGUCCAGGUACCCCAAACCCCUGGCAGAGCUGCCUGGGAGAGCCCCCAUCUUUUGGCCUGGAGUUAUGCAAAGUUCUCCUUGGAGGGACCCGAGACUCUCCUGUCCUUGUAAGUAGAUCACUAAAUCAAUCAAUACAUUCCGGGUCACCUAACAAUGUUACUGUGUGUCACUAAUUUCAUUCGAAAUUCCUCAGGAGCCACCGGGGUCCUAAAAACCUGCUAUGCGGCCCUUUCCGGCAUUGCAAGGGUUAAUGCAUUUCUUUUAUAAAUCCUUCCCACUCUAAACAAUCCAGCGUUGAACUGUUAUAUAGUAAUGAUUAUUAUUAUAAUUAUUAGCAUGUUAUUCAUUUCAGACAAUAACAUUGACUCUAAGUGCAUUCCCCAAUAAUAAUUAUAAUAAAAAAUAGGAUUUUUGGAAUAAAUAGACUCAUUCUGCACAUUGCUUUAACUGUUUCAGUGCUGAAUGUCCAUAGUUACUUGGAGAGAAAAAAAAAAUUCUGCUCUUAAUACUUUUUUUUUUUUAACCCCAAAUCUUGAAUGUGACAAUUAUGCAACAGUAAAUAUGCAUAAUAUCAGUAUGUUUGUUUGAUUGUCAGUGAAAAACAAUAUUCUAUUUAUAUUGACUUUAAACAUACAGCUGGACUCUACCCUCCUUCAAAGCCAGUGAUAUCUAUGAUGUUAUUCCUUUCAGCCCAAGCUGGGAUGGUUCUAGAUAAAGAUGGCAAAAAGAAACAUUCAAGGCCAACCUUCUCAGGACAGCAGAUUUUUGCUCUGGAAAAAACCUUUGAACAAACCAAAUAUCUGGCUGGACCAGAGAGGGCUCGGCUGGCCUAUUCCUUGGGAAUGACAGAAAGUCAAGUCAAGGUAAGAUCUGUCACAUGUCUCUAAUAUGUGCUGCCAUGUUGUCACUCAGUGUAUUUAUUUUAUAACUAGCACUCACUCACUGCUAACAGAUCUAGCUACAAUCCAAAUAUAUGCUUCUCAGAACUGCUUGGAAAACAUGUCUGUGUGACUGGUUUAUAUUCUAUAUAUAAAUCACACAUAGAUCUUUCAGAAAUAUUAUUCGUCAGAGGCACUUUAGGCAUUCAGAUUGUUUAUAAAUCAAUGAAAAGCUCUUAAAUUCUAUAAGAUAACAGAUAUAUACCCUAUAGCUUUAAAAUAAAGAUGUGGAUUCCAAAACAGGGAUAUAGCAUAUAUUUAUACUUUGUAUCAAUAAGUUUUUUAACAAAUACAAAUGUACAUUUUUUUUUUAUCCUGUGUACUAUAUAUGUAUCAGAUAUCUAUAUACAUAUAUAUCAAUGGAACGUUUGGCACUCUAUAAAUAUAUAAUAUAAUGUGGUUGUGUGUAUGUGUAUGUGUGUGUGUAUAUAUAUAUAUAUAAUAAACCUACAUAUAUAGGAAUAUAUACACACAUUGUAUAUAUGUCAUAUGGACAUGACGACUAACUUGAAAAAAAUAAUCCACUUCGCCUGCUUUUAACUUACAUUUUGUUAACUGGUUGCUGUCAUAACUCGCUUUUUAGUGCACCAUAGGUGUUAAUGCGAAUUAACCCCUCCACAUUAUUAAAGGAUUACCGAUGCAGGCUUUAACUACUCCGCAAAGUUAGAUACAUUGCGAUUUAUUGCUUAUUGUGUGAUAUAAGAUACUGUAACGGCCAGCUGUUAGAUCGCAUCAGAUUAUUUAUAUUGAUCGACACAUUCUAAAUGAUACAGGUGUCCUUUUCAAUGUUACAAAGAAUCCAAUCCUCACGUUUCAAAAUAAACAUUCCACAAUAAAUUAAAUUAAACAACUGGAGGCAGAGCAAAGCAAUUAAGUAAAUGUGAGGAAACACAAACACAAGUCAUAGGCUGUCAAUCAGCUUUUACAUGAUAAAUAUACUGGGAUCACUCAUUAAAUAUCAUACAUAUUUAAUGAGUGAUAUAUCUAUAUACUUAUUAAAUAUAUAUAUUUUUAUUUUUUAUUUCCAAUAUGUGACUGUAUAUAUGAAUAAUGUUAUCCUGUAAUUUUGUGUGAAUACAGACAGAUUCGAACUGGUUUAUUUGGGAACAGAUUGGAUUAUACUAAUAAGAAACAUUAUUAUUCAACAGGUUUGGUUCCAAAACAGAAGGACAAAGUGGAGGAAAAGGCAUGCAGCCGAAAUGGCUUCAGCCAAGAAGAAACAUGACUCUGAAACCGAGAAAAUGAAGGAAAGUUCUGACAAUGAGGAAGAUGAUGAAUAUAAUAAACCGCUAGACCCCAAUUCGGAUGAUGAAAAAAUCUCCAGGUUAUUAAAAAAGCACAAAUCUACAAACUUGAACCUCCUUAGUCCUUGCAGUAAUAACUCUGACACUUUGUGAUAUAAACACAGAGCAAAGACUGUCCCUUCAAAAAAUGGACCUACCCCCAUCUUUCCUCCUUAAAGCGCUUUCAAAGCUGAAUUAACCAGGGUAUACAGAUUAUAAAUAAGAAAUUGUAAGUGGAUGUUUAAAAGUGGUAUGUGUUGUACAGCCUAAAAAUGUAUGUUAAGAUGUAUAUAUUUUUUACAGAAUAAGUUAUAAAAAGAAAAGAUCUUACUGUUAAUAUUCCUUGGGUUAAAGGGGACCUUUAACCCUUUCACUGUCAGAGAGUCAGUAAAUAGGUUAAAAUAACCUUUACAUUACCUGACUCCACAAUUUUUUUUUCCCCAUUAAGCUAAAGGCAAAACUGUUUGCAUCUAGAAUCAAAGUUUGUUACUUUUUGUACAGAUGAGGCCAUCUCCACUUUGUAUAUAGAUAUAUAAAUAUAUCUUAUUGAAGAAUCUGUGAUGUGUUUUUUUUCCCACGGUAAAAAAAAGCUCUUUUUAAGGUUUCACUCUCUAUAAAAAAUUCUUAAAGGACUUUGUUCACAAUUCAGCCAAAAAGAGAGAGAAUCCUGACCAUUUCAUUUGAAGUUCAAGUCAGAUAUUGAUGUUCAGAAAUGCUGAAAAAACUUUGUAUAUUCAAUAAAUUAUUUAACAGCUUCUCCUUACAAA